GCAAUGCAACUACCUACUGUGGGAGAAGAACCCACAGCCUUCUGCAUCAAAGUAAAUGAUUCCUGCAUUAAAUCAAUUCGUUCACCUGGCCUGAAAGUUGCAAUAUAUUUAGCUUGCAUGUUUGGAACUCUGCUUACAAUACUGGGAAACCUUACAGUAGUGGUAUCAGUGGCCCAUUUCAGAGUACUCCAUUCUCCAUCCAAUGUGCUGGUUCUGUCACUUGCUGUAGCUGAUUUUCUUCUAGGAUUAUUAGUGCUUCCUUUCAGCAGUGUAAGAUCUGUUGAAACAUGCUGGUAUUUUGGAGAUGACUUCUGUAAGCUGCACACCUGUGUAGAUUCAUCACUUUGCUUAGUCUCCAUUCUUCAUUUGUGCUUCAUUUCAUUUGAUCGUUACUUUGCAGUUUGUGACCCUCUGCAUUAUACAACAAAAGUUACAAUUCCAGUAGUAUGCAUUUAUAUAGUUGUUGGUUGGGUCCUUUCAAUUAUUUAUACUGUUUUCUGGAUAUAUUCAAAUGUUCUUGAAAAAAACCUGAAGUACUUAAUGUCUGAAGGCUAUUGCACAGGAAGUUGUCAGAUUUUGUACAAUAAAGUGUGGGGGUGGGUAAAUUUCCCUGUUUUCUUUAUUCCAUAUUUUAUUAUGAUUGGUCUGUAUACAAAGAUAUAUUUUGUUGCACAGAGACAAGCUAGAAUGAUAGGUGGUACAAUGGAUUCUGACGGGUUAGGAAAACAAACCAGAGCAUCAAAAAGUGAAAGAAAGGCUGCAAAAACACUAGGAAUAGCAGUUGGAUUUUACAUGCUUUGCUGGGUUCCUUUUAUGAUAGACACAUUAAUCGAUCCAUUUAUAAACUUUGCUACUCCAGCCCUACUAUUUGAUAUCCUAUUUUGGUUUGCAUAUUCUAAUUCAGCUUGCAAUCCUUUAAUUUAUGGAUUUUUUUAUCCUUGGUUUAGAAAAGCUUUAAAACAUAUUGUAACUUGCAAAAUAUUUUAUACAGGAUCAUCAUCAAUAAACUUAUAUGAGCUUUAA